AUGCUAAGAAAUACUUUGGACAAUGGUUCAGACUUUAAAAAUGAAGAUGGCUCAGUCUUUUCACAAACUGAACACAAUAUUAUUGCAACUUACUUGAUUAUAGCAGGUAUGAUAAGUAUUCUCAGCAAUGUAAUAGUUCUGGGCAUCUUCAUUAAGUACAAGGAACUUCGGACACCCACAAAUGCAAUUAUCAUAAACUUGGCUGUUACUGAUAUAGGGGUCAGUAGCAUUGGCUACCCCAUGUCUGCUGCAUCAGAUCUGCAUGGAAGUUGGAGGUUUGGAUAUGCAGGAUGUCAGAUUUAUGCUGGAUUAAAUAUCUUUUUUGGUAUGGUAAGUAUUGGACUGCUCACUGUUGUGGCCAUGGAUCGAUACCUGACCAUCUGCCAUCCUGAUAUAGGAAGAAGAAUGAGCUCUAACACUUAUGUUGGCAUGAUCCUGGGAGCUUGGAUAAAUGGCUUGCUUUGGGCUUCACUGCCUAUCAUAGGGUGGGCAAAUUAUGCCCCAGACCCAACUGGUGCCACCUGUACCAUAAACUGGCGGAAAAAUGACGUGUCUUUUGUCUCUUACACAAUGACAGUUGUUAUGAUAAAUUUUGUUCUGCCCCUAGCAGUGAUGUUUUACUGCUAUUACCAGGUCACUCGAUGCAUUAAACGUCAUACUGCUAGUAACUGCGCUGAGUACCUCAACAGAGACUGGUCAGAUCAGUUAGAUGUAACAAAGAUGUCUGUGAUAAUGAUACUAAUGUUUCUGGUGGCUUGGUCCCCUUAUUCUGUUGUGUGCUUAUGGGCUUCUUUUGGUGACCCAAAGAAGAUUCCACCCUCCGUGGCUAUCAUAGCUCCACUGUUUGCAAAAUCAUCUACAUUCUACAAUCCCUGUAUUUAUGUGGUUGCUAAUAAAAAAUUCCGGAGGGCAAUGUUUGCCAUGGUCAAAUGCCAGACUCACCAAGCAGUGCCUGUGACGAGUACUUUACCAAUGACUGUAUCUCAAAACCCACUGGCUUCUGGAAGAAUCUGA